AUGGAGACUGGCAUUUCGAAGACCCCCGCGCCAGGUGCGCCCGGGACUCCCUCAACCUCGAACAUUAACUCCGAGUCGAGGUCCCCAACUAACUCAAAAGGUGGAGCAGCGCAAGUUCGUGAACAAAAACACCGUGAUCAAGAUGCAAGACGUUCGAACCAGAAUGCUGCUGCUGGGAGAGAAACCAGACGUGGUCGAGGGGGUCAUCAGGGCAAGAAGAGAAAUAUGGGGAGGACGGAGUGGGCUAAGAACAAAGUAGACAAAAGGCAGCGGAACGAGGAUGAACAAGCCGCCAAACGACAACGGGUCGACCAAGGCAAGGACGAACUGCCCAUUUACGCUACAAAAUUCAGCGAUGAAGUGCUUGCAGCUGAGGAGAGGAGACCGAAAAAGAAGGUUGCCGUGCUUCUUGGCUAUGCUGGGACCGGUUACAAGGGCAUGCAGCUAACGCAUGAUCAGAAAACAAUUGAAGGAGACCUCUUCCAAGCCUUUGUGGCGGCAGGCGCAAUCUCCAAAGCCAAUGCUGAUGACCCAAAGAAAUCUUCUUUUGUGCGAUGCGCCCGCACUGACAAGGGCGUCCAUGCUGCCGGCAAUGUCAUAUCCCUGAAAUUGAUCAUUGAAGAUGAAGAUAUUGUGCAGAAGAUCAACGACAACUUGACUCCCCAGAUUCGGGUUUGGGGCUAUGAGCGGACGAACAACAGUUUCAGUGCCUAUCAGAUGGUCGACUCGCGGAUAUAUGAGUAUCUGAUCCCGACACACAGUUUUCUCCCGCCGCACCCUAGCAGCUUUCUUGGAAGGAACAGCGAGAAGUGGGCGGAGAAAAAGGACGAUCUGGAAUGGUACAGAAAGAGGCAAGAAGAAGUGUUGGGAUACUGGGAAAAGGUAGACGAGGAGAUGAUCAAACCGAUCCUGGCAGAAUAUGACCAAGAGAUCCGUGCUAUACUGGAGAAGGCGCUGUGGCCGAAAGCGCAAGUUCCGAAGAAUAGAGAGGACGGAGAUAUGCAACCGUCGAGUUCUACCGCUGUAGAAAAGGAAGUCGAACACCAGACUUCAGAACCAGGGCCUCCACAAGAGGUAGAAAUCAAAGAUGGAGAUUCACAGGACCAGGAUCUUGCAAAUAACAAUGGAAAACCCAUCUCCACGGGAGGAGACUCAACAGAGCAGCCCAAACCAUCCCGAUCCCGCGUCCUCGACGAAGCUAUGAAACGCAUCCGGCAAGCCUACAUUGCUGCCAAACGAGCCUAUCGCAUCCCCACUGAGCGUCUCGACCGGAUCCAAGAGGCUCUCAACCUAUUUGUGGGCACUCGCAACUACCACAACUACACCAUCGAGAAGACCUUCAAGGACCCCAGCGCAAAACGAGUAAUCAAAUCCUUCCUUGUCAACAGGAAACCGAUCAUUAUCAAUGGGACAGAGUGGUUGAGCAUGAAAGUUCACGGGCAGAGUUUCAUGAUGCAUCAGAUCCGCAAGAUGGUCGGCAUGGUCGCCCUCGUGGUGCGUUGCGGAUGUGACCCCAAACGAUUGAUUGACAGCAUGGGCCCUGAAAGACUCUCCAUCCCCAAAGCUCCUAGUUUGGGUCUCUUGCUCGAACGCCCGGUGUUUGAAUCGUACAACAAGCGCGCCAAAGACGCACUCGGCAAAGAAAUCAUCGACUUUGACAAAUACAAGGACGCGAUGGACAAGUUCAAGCAAGAGCAGAUCUACGAGCGCAUGUACCGGGACGAGGGGAAGGAGAAUGUCUUUGGUAACUUCUUCAACCACGUCGACAACUUCCCCACCGAGACGUUCCUGUUCGUCACGUCCGGCGGCAUCGAGGCGACCAAGACGAAGGCGCCGGUUGAGGGCGUUGGAGCGGUAGAGGAAGGGGGCAAGAAGAUUGAGAAUGCUCUGUUAUUGGACAACGACGUGGACAUUGGUGUUGUGGACGAGGAUAGCGAUGCAGACGACGCUGUCAGGGAUAACCACGGAGACGAAGGCUGA